UGGCAGUGCACAGAGGUACACAUAGGAACUGAAAUCAUUAUAGACAGCAUCGUUUGUAAGCCGACAUCGAAUGGCAGUCCUUUCAACGUGAGGCGCAAGCAAAGCCUCACGUUACGUUUUCUUCAUGCGUGGCUCCUCCGAGGUCGGUCAGACCAGAUUUGAUUAACGUAGCCUAGGCAUCCAGGUAUGGCUGCCUUACCUCCUCCCAGGAAGUUCCCUGCUUCGAAGAAAGCCACUCGACAAAUCCUCACGUCAACUGAACUCCUCCUCCAAAUGGGCUUUCCCAAAAACAGAGUUGAGAGGGCAAUAGCAGCAACUGGAGAUAGAGGGGUGCAGCUUGCAUCAGAUUGGCUUUUGGCUCAUGUCUUUGAUCCAUCAAUCGAUGAAGAAAAACCACGAGAAUACAUCUUGUACCUCUGUCCGACUGGAUCAUUAUUGGAUCAAAUCCAGAUAUUCUUUGAGAAGUCCUUGCAGCAGUGUGGAUGGAAUGGAGCCCACAAUUAUUUGCCUCACAUCACUCUUUCCUCAUACUUUCCUGUUGCUGAUUGCAGUGUGGAGCAUCUGAUGAAAGGUUUCCAUGAUGUUAUUAGGAGAGUGCAAUCUGAGUUUCCAGAUGAUCUAAUCCUUGAGCCAUACAUAUCCCCUAACUUUAUGGGGUAUUUUGUCAAUGAGAAGCAGGCUGAUGUUCUCAGAAAGAUCUCUAAGGAGUUCAUUAAGGAGUUCAAGACAUUAUAGAAGUGGUACGAACACCAGCCAGAGUCUGUAGUGGAGAACUCCUCCACCAAGGUAGUCUGGGACAUGCCCAUAAUUACAGACCACACUAUAGGCUGUAAUAGGCCAGACCUCAUGAUUUAUAAGAAGGAGAAGAAGACCACCCUCCUUGUAGAUGUGAGCAUCGCAACUGAUAACCUCCAAGAGAAGACCAGGGGGAAACUGGAGAAAUACUCUGAACUGAAAGUGGAAGUAGAACGGUUGUGCGGAAUGAAGAUCACCAUCGUUCUGAUCGUCAUAGGCACAACUGGCGUUGUCCUGAAAGACCUCAAGGGACAUGUUAGGAAGCUGGAGUGUGAAAUCUCAUUCGAUAUCCUCCAACAUACAGCAAUCUUGGGCAUGGCCAAAAUCCUCUGCUGUGUCCUGCAGAAUCAGGGCGAAUUGGAAAUCCCACUAGAGCCAAAAUAA